GUCGUCAAGACGACUGGCAUAAAGUUGGCUUGACGUUGGGCGUUCGAUAUUUGCAGUGUCAAGAGGCUGUAUUUGUUGUCAUGGAGACUCGCUGCCAUAGAAACGUGUGUGGUGUGUGGUGAGUCGCUAGCGCAGUGUAGAGAGGUUGGCAGUGAAUUAGUGCGGCUCCUGAGACGGGAAUUAAAUAAAGCCGAUUUAAAGUCUGUCCUGUUUCAGUGUUGCAAACAUGAAGCGGCUGUGUUUGUGUGAGAUCUGCAUCUGCGGACGGCACCGUUGCGCACACCCGCCCACAGCGCUCUACAAUAAGGGCAACGGAGGUUGUGUAUUGAGUGAGUACACUGAGAAAUACCCAGAAUACAAGAGUUAUCAGCCACCCAAGAGUCUUAAGCCCAAACAGGAAGUAAAGAAUAACUGCGAACAGAUGGAGGGAACCACCACCUUUAGGUCCGAUUUUGUUCCAUAUGAAGUGAGCCAGCGUCCUGUAAAACAAAGGGCUGAAUACCAACCUAAUCCAGGUGAGAUUGACUUGGCCACUACGUACAGCCAGGAGUUUGUCCCUUUUGAGCUACAGCCUGUUUUACCACGUCUCCCAAAGGAGAGGAUACAACAUGCUAAUGGGAAGCUGGACACAGUACCAACCUAUAAAGAAGAUUUCCGUCAGUGGGAAAUUAGCAUGCGAAAGUCCCGUAAACCCAAACUGUCUUACCAUCCUCCAGCUGAGAAGUUUGGAAACGCCACAACAUUCCAGGAUGAUUUCAUUCCACGAGGUCUUGUUCCACGUGAGAGCUUCAAACCUUCAUAUGUAGCCAAGCUGUCUGAUGCUCCUUUCGAUGGAGUGACCAGUAAUCAGCUGCAUUAUAUCCCUCACCCAAUGGAUGUGUGUUUUGUCAAAGCUCCUCAUGAGUACAAACCCAGUGACCAGCCUUUCCAAGACCUCACAACACACCGGCAUGACUUCCAGGGCCUGCCGGCCAAAAUGCCCAAGAGCUGUAAGCCUGAACACAUCAAAAUGUCCUACGAUGCACCCUUCCAGACCAGCACUGAGUUCCGAGAUCGCUUCCAGACGUGGGCUGCGUCUCCACAACGGGUGAAGAAAAUGUCAGAGUACACAAGUCCUACAGAGGAAAUGGAUCUGACCACGACAACUGGCACAACCUUCAUCAAACACCAUAUCCAGCCAUUCAUCUCCGCUAAGCCUCUGGUUAGGCCAACUCAUUCCUCUGUUCCUUUUCAAGGCGAAACCACCAUGAAGGAUCAUUUUAAAGCCUGGAAAGCCCAGCGCCAAGAAAUGAUCUGCAAACCCCCAGCAAUCCACAGAAGCAGUGGGAAGAUGGAGGACAUGAGCACCUUUAAGGCCCACUACAUCCAGCACCAACUGCAGCCCAAUAUCAGCUGCAAGCCAAUCAAUGCCCCACUGAGGAGCGAAGCACCUUUGGAUGAAGAAACCAUGUACCGCACUGAGUUCACACCCAAAAAGAUCAGCAUAUGUCCAGCCAGCUUGGAGCCAAUUCCGGGGUUUGUCUUUGAGAAGGUUGAUGACAGAGGUCACAGGUUCUUCCAUAAACUGAGCUCCUAGGAGCAGAUGUCUGCAGGGUGUGAGGUGCAGGCUCCUAAUGCUUUGGCCAUGAUGUCAUAAGAGCAAAGCUAGCUAAAUCACAGAUACAUAAAUAAAUAAAUAAAUAAAUAAAAUAUAAUAUAAUAUAAUAUAAUCUCUCAUAACUUAAGCCUUAAUCAGUCUUGUUGUUUUUUAAGUAAAUCCAACUGAAUCUAAAUAAAUGCAGUGUAUCUUGUAUUUAAAAAGGUAAGAAUUAAGACAUGAAACAUCUUUAGACUACUGUAACAUUGUUGCCAUGAUAAAUGAAAAUAGGUGUAAAGGUUUAAAAGUUUUAAAAGAAUUCAAACUGUAUAGCAAUUAGAUUUAUGCAAGUAAUACACUAUACAAAAUUACAUGCUGUUAUAUUAUAUUGCUCCAGAUUUCAAUUGCAAAAUUCUUUACAGUUUAUGAAACCUUCACUGGUAAGGGAAUUGAUGUGGCCUAAGAUUAAGAUAAAACAUAUUAACCCCUCACUGCAAAUGGAAUCAAUCCGCCAGGAUAUGUUUUGUCUCCAAAGUCUCAGCCUCUUUUCUUUUGCACUCGAGCUAUGAGGCUAAUGUAUAGUAUGUAUCUUUCAAGUAAUAGAAGCUAAUACAGUGCAAAGAAGGCUGUGAAAAAUUGUCUUUAUUGUUUAACCUUUUGAUAUUUUGUUAAAGAAAUUCAGAAAAAUACUUUGCUCUCAUGUAUAUCAAACAAUUGCAAACAAAACACAGAUUUAUUAAAAAAACAAAUCUUUGUUAAAUAUAGGUUUGCAACAAUUAUUGGCACACCUAUGAAAUCACAUGAGAAAAAAUAUUUGAAGUAUAUUCCCAUUGAUAUUUCCCAUGACAUUGUUUUUAGUUCACCUGGGUGACUCGGCACAGGAAAUUGUUCAACCAUGACUUCCUGUUUCACAGGGGUAUAAAUAUGAGGUAACACACAGGCCAAAUUCCCUUAGUAAUUCAUAACAAUGGGUAAGACCAAGGAAUAUAGCUGUGAUGUGUGGAAAAAGGUUGAUGAGCUUCACAAAAUGGGAAGUGGUUAUAAGAAAAUAGCACAAGCGUUGAAAAUGCCCAUUUCCACCAUCAGGGCAAUAAUUACGAUGUUCCAGUCAACUGGAAAUAUUAUGAAUCAACCUGGAAUUGGACGUGUGUCUGUAUUCUCUCAAUGCACUAUAAGGAAGAUGGUUCAAGUGCCCAAAAAAUCUCCAGGGAUCACAGCUGGAGAAUUACAGAAGUUAGUUGUGUCUUGGGGUCAGAAAGUCUUGAAAACUACAAUCCGAAGUCACCUGCAUCACCACAAGUUAUUUGGAAGGGUUUCAAGAACAAAUCGUCUAUACUCAUCCAAAAACAAACUCAAGCAUCUUCAGUUUGCCAGACACUACUGGAACUUCAAAUGGGAUCGGGUUCUAUGGUCAGAUGAAACCAAAAUAGAGCUUUUUGGCAAUAAGCACCAUAGGUGGUUUUGGUGCACACAGAGAGGUAGCCAUAUGGAAAAGUACCUCAUGCCCACGGUGAUGGCUCUUUAAUGUUUUGGGGCUGUUUUUCUGCCAGAGGACCUGGACAUUUUGUUAGGAUACAUGGCAUCAUGGCCUCUAUCAAAUAUCAACAGAUAUUAAAUGAAAACCUGACUGCCUCUGCCAGAAAGCUGAAAAUGGGCUGUGGUUGGAUCUUCCAACAGGACAAUGAUCCAAAACAUACAUCAAAAUCAACACAAAAAUGGUUUACUGACCACAAAAUCAAAGUCCUGCCAUGGCCAUCCCAGUCCCCUGACUUGAAACCCAUAGAAAACCUGUGGGGUGAACUGAAGAGGAGAGUUCACUAGUGUGCACCUCGAAAUGUGAAGGAUCUGGAGAGAUUCUGUAUCUGUAUGAGGAAUGGUCUCAGAUCCCUUGGCAUGUAUUCUCCAAGCUCAUCAGGCAUUAUAGGAGAAGACUCAGAGCUGUUAUCUUGGUAAAGGGAGGUAGCACAAAGUAUUGACUAAAAGGGUCCCAGUAAUUGUUCCACUCCUAUAUAUAACAAAGAUAUUUUUGAUAAACCUGUGUUUUGUUUGCAAUUGUUUGAUAUCCAUGAGAGCAGAGUAUUUUUUUGAUUUUUUUUUUAACAAAAGAUCAAAAGGUUAAACAAAGACAAUUUUUAACAGCCUUCUGUGCACAAAUUCAAAACCCAAUCAAGUCCAGACAUUAGCUCACUCUCACUAACCUACUUAUUAGCCAUGUCAUACAUCAAAAUAAUCGGCUCAAUGAGGAGAAUUGCAUUAUGGAGGAUGACAAUACCCUUGAUCCAGUGUGCAAAAUUGCAUUAUGGGUUGCAUGGUGUCAUGUGCACCUCACAACAAAACUGACGGUAACCACAAAACUAUUGGUACAUACAGUAGACAUAUACUAUACCAAAACACUUGGCUGACUGAGGAGAAUAGCUUUAUGGGUAUUUUAGUGAUGUCAAGUGAACGUCACAUGCACAUUAACCCCCAAAAUAAGUGGAAUCACAAAACUACCAUAACAUACUGUAGACAUGUGAUAUGUUAAAACACUCAGCUCCAUGAGAAGAAUUGCAUUAUGGGUGUUUUAGUGAUGUCAUGUGCACAUGAAUGGACUGCCAUAAAGCCUAUUAUAUUAAAACCUGGAGUUAAAUAUAAUCAUUACGACUACCAAUAUAGGUCAAAUUAGUUAUGCUUCAACAAACAUGUACACACGUAGCUCAUGUUCAGUUGCAUAUUAGUGUCGGAUUUUGCAUGGGCAAGCACCACUCGCACUUUCUUCCCAAAAUCUAAAGUCUAGUUGAACUUACUUUUCUGCGUGGUUUUGUUAUUUCACUGUACAAUUCUAAAUGGGGUGUUGUCUUUGGUCGAGAUUCCUGGUUUGCCCGAAGUUCGGCGUCUACAGUAUCUGUUUUGGACCAUGGGUUUGUCUGCAGGUUUGCAUAGCUAAUAAACAGCUCGCACUUACAUCCAUCUGUCUCCGCCUUAUGACAACAGAUCAACUUGCUGUCGUUGGAGGUGUAUCAUGAUUUCGAUAUGCACAUUGUACAAUGCUAAACUACUAGCUGUGCGCUUCCUUUACUUGUUAGCUAAGUGCAAAACUAAAGAAAUUGUGUACAUUUCAUUCAUGCCUAAUCUAUUCUUACAACAAAUGUUACAUCAACAUAUAGGCUGCACACACAACAAAUAUAACAAUACUUUACAGUAUAUUCUGAUAAAUUCCAGCUUAUGUUUCUCUCCCACUUGUGAAAUUGUAUGGAAUGUACUAAAAGUCUAAAUGUGAAAAAAAAAUAUUUAUGUGCCAAAAUUGUACUCAAGCGAUGAUCAAAAUGAAAAAUAAACUCUUUCUCAAAAGUG